AUGGCUUCGAGUUACAGACGUUUUCUAACCCUCUGUAAAAACUGGCCCAUAGACACCAGCAAAGCAGCUGAUAAGGACCUCGCCGUCUUCAUACGCGAGAAUAUAGCUAAAACCUUUAGGCAUGCUGACGCUACACGAAUUGAAGAACCGUCAAAAUGUGAGAAUAUUUAUGAGAGCCUUCAGAGGAUAUCUGCAGACUACCAUCUGAACAAAUACCAAUUGGAUAAGCCUUAUAUAACAGCUUCCUGCAAGGCCACUCGAGAUGAAUGUAAAGCGGUACUAUCCAAGGAAGGCAGCGAUGUCAUCUACGAAAACGAUACCCAUAUCCUUGAAAAAGUGAAAUCGAAGUUCUGA